AUGGAUUCCUUGACGCAAACACUCUUGAUCUCGAUGGUAAUCUUUUUGGGAGGUAUCGUGCAGAAGGUUAUAGUGGACAUGCCAAUCAAUUCACAACAGCCAAACUAUACAUGCCCAGUCAAGGAUCGUUACAUCGCUAAGUGUGCUCAUCUCAAUCUUACCUCGAUUCCCCAAGACCUUCCGCAUGAACUGCUGGUAUUAUUCAUCCGUGACAACCAAGUAACAGAACUUUUAAACACGUCGUUCAUGAAUUACAACCAACUUGAAAAACUGUAUGCUCGUCACAACGUAAUUGCUUUCAUUGAUAGUGGAACAUUCGAAACUCUACCACAGUUGCAAGUAUUGGAACUAGAUCAUAACCUGAUUACCUUUCUACCCAUCUAUUAUCUUCAGAAGAAUGCUCUUCUAUACAUAAUAAAUCUAUCGCACAACAAGAUCAGUAACAUCUCCAGCACAUUGCCUGGUGAUAGAUCAAAGUGGCAUCCGUAUCAUCACGUUCAGACCAUGGGAGGUAACUAA